GCGCACGCGCGUUACGCACCGAAGCAUUUCAGCAAUUCGACAAGCGACGAAAGCGUAUGCUUCUUCGAUUUUGCGAUCAUAUUUUGGAAUAAAGAGUAAUUUUCGAAGUCACUGUUUCUUCUCUCUCAAGGAUCUUACAGCAUCUAUAUAUUGUUAGACGCGGUUUAUCAAGCACAUAAGAAGCAUCUUAAAUUUGCCGACUGAUUUUUGUCUACUACACACGGAAGAUGAGCUACCCUUAUCCAACCGGACAGGCACCCUAUCCCCAGCAAGGGGGCGGUUAUCCACCCCAGGCAGGGGGCUACCCUCCAGCCCCAGCUCCUGGGGGUUAUCCCCCACAGGGUGGCUACCCUCCUGCAGCAGGUGGUUAUCCACCAGCAGCAGGAGGAGGCUACCCACCCGCUGGUGGAGCAGGGGGCUACCCACCCGCCCCUGCACCUGCUGGAGGUUACCCACCGGCUCCAGGGGGUGGUUACCCCCCUCAGCAACCGUCUUAUCCGCCAGCAGCACAACCAGGUUACCCCCCUCAACAGCCUGGUUACCCCGCUCAGCCACAUGCACAGCCUGGAAUGCCAAUGCCUAGUUCAGACUAUGGUUCUAUGCCAGGAGGAGGAGGUUUACCAUAUGCUGCUCAACCAAGCAUGGGAUUUGCAGUUGCUCCUUAUCCAACGGGUGCAGCUAUGGCAGCCACAGCCUUCAGACCACCCUCUGCCCAAGCCGCCCCCGUCCCUGGUGGACCGGGCAUGCCUACUCCUCAGGCAGCCCAUGCAGCAGCAGCGGCCAUCCCCGCACAAGCCCCACCCGCACAGGCCCGGCCCGCACAAGCUCCGCCCCAGCAGAAACCUGUAACUGAACCGGCUGUAGCAAAGUCCAGUGCACCAACGCAACAAAUGGCCAGUAUGUCACUAUCAGCAGGAGCUAUUGUGAGGGGUACAGGCACAGUGAAACCCAAGGCAAACUUCAGUGGGCAGAAGGAAGCAGAAAUCUUGAGGAAAGCAAUGAAAGGAAUUGGUUGCGAUGAGACAGCAGUCAUAUCAGUAGUAACAACAUGUAACGCAGCACAGAGGCGGCAGAUCGCGCUAGACUUCAAGACAAUGUAUGGCAAGGAUCUUGAGAAGAACUUAAAGGGAGAACUCAAAGGAAAACUUGAGACAAUUGUCCUCAAUCUCUUCCACCUACCCGCAGAGUUUGAUGCACAUAUGCUCAGGAAAGCAAUGAAGGGUCUGGGAACAGACGAAGCUACUCUAGUUGAAAUCCUGUGUACGAGAACCAACGAUGAGAUCCAGGCCAUCAAAGUUGCUUACAAGAAAGAAUUCUCCCGAGACCUUGAGAAGGACGUGAUUUCCGAGACGUCGGGUCACUUCAAGCGUCUCCUGGUCUCCAUGCUACAGGGUUCCAGGUCAGAAGAUCAGAGAGUGGACGUAGAAAAGGCCAAAGCAGAUGCAAAGGCUCUAGUCACUGCCGGUGAGGCAAGGUGGGGGACGGACGAGUCGACGUUCAACGCAGUCCUGGCCAGUCGUAGCUACCCACAGUUGAGGGCGAUGUUUGACGAGUACAGCAAGCAGGUCAAAUACACCAUGGAACAAUCGAUUAAGAGAGAGAUGUCAGGUGACCUCGAGAAAGGCAUGCUUACGAUAGUGCAAUGUGUACGCAACACACCAGCAUACUUCGCAGAGAAACUGUACAAGUCAAUGAAGGGUCUUGGUACCGAUGAUGAUACGUUGAUGAGAGUGAUCAUCUCGAGAGUGGAGAUUGACAUGGUUGAGAUCAAACAAGAGUUCCAGAAGGCUUAUAACCAGAGUCUGGGUAGAUUUAUUAAGGGUGAUACCUCUGGUGACUACAGGAAAAUUCUACUCGCUCUCAUCGGAGGAGAAUAGAAGUGUUAUUACUAGAAAUAUACAAAAUAUAUAUUGAAUACAUGUAGUGAGAUCUUUUUCUAUUUGAACAUAUCAUUGUCAUAACAAAAUGAGGGUUAUAGAUGUGGGACCUAUAUAAGCUGAAUCAUAAAUUGUGCAAAACUGACAUUUAUCAUUACUAUAUUUUCUACUUUUUUUAAAUGCCUGUGUAAAUCUGUGUAAUAAUCGUAUUGUCUGUUGGGUGUAUAUUUUGUAUUAAAGUUGUGUUUGUUUCUUUGAAUAUUUGGAGGUGGAAUCAAUAAAAUGAGGAUUUGAGUGGUUUGAAAUAUUGUAAGAAUUAUAUCCAAUCAUGCAAAUUGAAUAAUGAAACUUACCACACAUAUUAAGUGUUGUAUACAUUUCAGAGUUGCGUCAGAUAUUUUUGUUACCGAUAUCUUAAAGACUUGUAUACAAAUGAUUCACCAAUAGAUACAAAGGACAAUGACUUAGUUUUUCAAGGUUAAAAUUAAGAUAAUUGCAUUUGUGCUAUUGAGGAUGAAGAGAAUAUAAACUUUAAGAUCAUAUUUUUAGAAGCCUUUGUGUCAAAUAUGAAGUUACUUGUCUAUUAUUGAAAAGCUUACAGAUAAGAGUUUAAUGCAUGUUUUUCAUAUAUUUAUAGAAGACGAGAUGGAUUUAUUCAAACUUUUAUUAUGCAGUUAUUAGGUAAAUAUAGUGUAGCAUGAUUCUAUGUGUAUAUAUGUGGUAGAAGGUAUGUAUAGAGCAACAAUAGUAUAUAUGAUCAUGAAGUCUGUUUGUGUUUGUAGGAGAUAUCAAUCGAUGAAUAGCUAGAACAUGGCCAAAAAAAAUUGAGGUAAAUGUUCCUUUUUGUUGAGAACAAAAGUAGAAUUUAUUAGUGGUAUAAUAAAACAAUAAGGAAAAUGCAGAGAGAUAUAACUAGUAAUACAUCUAUAUGGGUAAAUGUGAUUUAUUACAUAAAGCAUGGUGUUUGUAGAUUUUGAUUGAUGAAAUCUCAUUUUAACUGUUUUGUAUGUAAAAGACUAGCAAGCAAGGCUUAUACAGUUAGGUCUUGUCAGUGGUGAGACCCAUGAGAAGACCUAACUAGCGGCUUAGGAUUAUUCAAGAACAACUUUUUGGGGAGGGGGGGGGAAGGUAAAGUUUGGAGUUACCAGGCUAUGGCAUAAUAUAUCGUUGCAACAUAUACACUCACUGCCCCAUGACUUUUUUGCAAAAAUUGUCCGCAGAAAU